GGUAGGGUUGUUGGUUUCGGAACAGCGCGGUAUGCGCACGCGCAGUUGACGAAUUUGAAUACUAACGGUUUGUGUAUGGAUAUACCUUUAUUAUUUGGGUCGCGAUGGCCUAUAUUGUGUCUCCCGAUUUUGCUGGCUGCGUCGGUCUGUGGAAGCGAUAUUCUAAUGGUAACAAUGGGCGGUACAAAGUCUCACAAAAUACCUUUUUGGGAGCUUGCCAGAGGGCUAAUUAGAAGAGGGCACAAUAUAACCCUGAUCAGUGCGUUUCCACCGGAUUUCCAUCUCGAAGGCUUGGAGGAAAUCGCUCCAGCUGGCUUGGUGUCGUUCAUCAGAAGCUACAUGGCCUUCGACCUGGUGGGCGCCAGAAUGAAGGGAGAAGAACCUCUUCCGUAUAAAGAUAUUAUACGAUUCGGUUAUGAGGCCUGCGACGCUUUUUUAAAUGACUACGAAACAAGAUCUCUCCUCCAAUCAGGAAGGACAUACGACCUUAUUAUCCUGGACGGUGCCUACCCCGAAUGCGCUAUGGGCAUAGUGUACCAGCAAAAAGUCCCCUUCAUGUACAUAAAUACCGUUGGCUUCUACUCCGGACCAACCAGCAUAUCCGGCAGUCCAGCCCCGUUCUCUGUGACACCAAUCUUCGCUAAAUCCUUCACAGAUAAUAUGAACUUUAUUGAUCGGGCAUUAAAUGCAUUUUGGCAUAUCGGAGCGUAUGCGGGACACGCUGUGAGCGUUACGAUUCUGCAAGGUGUAUUGAGGAAACAUUUUGGCCAGCAAAUGCCUCAUGUGUACGAUAUAGGGAAAAAUGUCAGCUUCAUUCUGCAGAACGGACAUUAUUCUGUUUCCUAUCCGAGACCAUAUUUGCCGAAUGUGGCUGAAGUAGCUUGUAUACAUUGCAAGGAGCCCAAGAAAUUGAAUGCGGAUUUAGAAGACUGGAUCACCGGAGCUGGUGAAGCAGGAUUCGUCUAUGUAUCCAUGGGUUCGUCAGUUCGCACCGAUAACAUGCCUCUCACAGCCCACCGGCUGAUCGUGCAGGCACUUGGAAGACUUCCACAGCGGGUGCUGUGGAAACAGGACGCGGAACAGAAUCUGACAGACAUACCAUCUAAUGUUAGGCUUUAUAAGUGGCUGCCGCAACAGGAUUUACUUGGUCAUCCAAAAAUAAAGGCAUUUGUGACACAUGGUGGCCUAUUAAGCAUGUUCGAAACAGUCUACCACGGAGUCCCCAUAGUCAGUAUACCGGUCUUCUGCGACCACGAUUCAAACGCUGCAAAAGCCGAAGUAGACGGCUAUGCUAAGAAGCUAGAUCUACAAUAUCUAACAGCUGAUAAAUUGUACGAAGCCAUCAAAGAAGUGAUCAACGAACCGAGAUAUAGAACGCAAGUUAAAAAGCGUCAGAUAUUGCUAAGGGACCAAAAGGAAUCGCCGCUGGAGAGAGCAAUUUAUUGGACUGAAUACGUAAUAAGGCAUAAGGGCGCAUAUCAUUUGCUGUCACCCGCGAAAGAUCUGAAUAUUUUCCAAUAUUACAUGAUAGAUGUUGCUUUAGCAUUUUUUGCCUUAUUCAUCAGUAUGUCGAUACUUGUAGCAUACAUAUUACGGUCGGGUUUCAAAAAAUUUGUCGACUACGUUCAGAGCAAACGUAUGGAUCAGUUGAUCGACAAAUCGAGUGACUUAGUGAAACGGUCGAAGAAGUUAAUAGACCACUCAAUUACAAAGAAAAACUUGUGAUUCAGGGUUAAUUUAAUGAUAGUUACCGCAAAGCUACGUCCACAGUCGUUCCAAAAAAUCAGUUUUGUUUCUUUAACAAGACUCAUCUGAUAUGAUUAUGAACAGUUACUUUUCAAGAGAUUUUGCUUGUGAUUAAUUCAUAUCAUUUUUUAUAUUGAAUAUCUUUCACCAUUCUUGUACUCGCGACAAUAUCAAUAUUCUUUUGUAGAAAGUCUUACGUCACUUUACAAAAACCUUUACAAAUCCCUGACAAUAUUUCGUGUUAUGAUUCCGAAUGAAUUGUAAAAAGUACCGUGUCUCUUGUGGAACAGGGACAAUUUUUAUGUAACGUUAUUUCAUUUUUGAUUUUUCUAUUGACAACUCGAUUGUUUUCCCUCAAUGCAAAUUAUUUAUUUAAAUUUCCUAUUAACCUCUUUGUGGAUAUAGUUUUUGAUAUUGAUAAGUACAAUUUAAUGUGAUAUGUAAGUUUUUAGUAUUGCGCCUGAAAUGUAAAUAUAUUUAAAUUAAGAUAAAUAAAGUUUGAAAAGUA